CGGGGGUCACGUGAUCAAACCAGCAAGCCAGGCCCCUAUUGGCCGCUUCGGAUUUUAAACUGACCAAUGGGGAAGCGCCGUUUCAACGCCCGUUUGCCGUUGGCGCCAUUUUUUGAUCUCGGAGUUCUCCUCACGAGGGUCCCCGGCAAAGUUCAGCGAAUAAAAAAAUACGACUCUCGUCUUCAUCGCUUAAACUUUGGUUGUCGGAUUUUAUGAAGGAAAGGGAGCGUCGCCGGGACGUCGUAUUUGUGCCGGCUUUGCCUCGACGACAAUGAGUCGUCCACAAAGUAUGCAGAGGAGCCUAUGCCCGAACAUUCUUUUUGGAAGGCGGACAGGGAGACAACUUAAUAUAAAUGUUUGGGAUGGUGCUGCAACCAUCAACGACUACUUUGCUGAUUUUCCUGAGGACAGCGGUGACGAGAGUUCCUUCAUCCCAGAAAUUGGGUCCGAAAACAGGACCAAUGUUUAUAAAAGCCCGGCCUCGCAUGGCGACUUGCGCAAAAGCCUACACCGAUAUGAUCCACGAAGAAGCCACAUGCCGGUUGAUGUGCACAGAAGCUACUUGGAGGGUGAUGCGCACAGAAGCCAAGCGCCGGCUGAUGCUUGCGAAAGUCAGAUCCUAGCUAACGCACGCAGAAGUCUGGGACUGGCUGACUCUGUGAAAAGGCCGUCAACGGACAAUGUUCAUAGGACCUUGGUUCGAAGAGAGGAAUCCUUUGGCCAGUCACUGAAGCAGUUCGAUAACAGCAUUGUUUCUUUACAGCAGGGGGAGGAACAUUUGGAGAAGCAGGCUUUUGUGAACCGGCUGAAAUUGGAUGAAAUAGAGACUUUGGAUGAAGAACAUGAUGCAGUGCCAACCAGGCACAGCGCUGUUCCGGACAAGACUGGUUCCACCUGCAAGUUGUUGUCAAAGGUUUUGAAUAAGGUCACUCCCCGUGUCACCACCGAGCUGGACAGGGGACAGAAUCCCACUGGCUCGCUGUCGCGAGUCUAUCAAAUGCCGAGUCCCCACUCCGUGCUCAAGGGCGUUGUUUCCAAAAAGAGGUUGAUAUUCGACGAUGUUGAAGGCUGUGAAAAACUCACUGUGGCAGCUCCACCUCAUGGUGUAAACCCUCUGAAAACAACACCAUUGAAGCCCACAGUCUCAAGGGUGAGCAGCGUGGCGCCAAGGCCAAGCAUCUCUUCGAGCAAGUACCUCGCCAUUCUUGAGGCGGACGAUGAUUUCUGCGACGACUUUGAGGUCAUGGAUGAUGACAUGAGCUCAGAAGGGUGGCUCUCCCUGCCGCACUCCAAGAGAACGAAGAAUGCCAAGGAGGUCCGGCCUGCCAAGGAAAACAAUGUCCGAAACCGAGAGGUGAAGAGAAACAAAAGUGUGAACACGGACACGCGUGCUGCUACUGGCCCAUCGGCCCUUGCUGUUACCGCCACAGGCUCAAAGAAAGUGGCGAUUGCAAGGAUUGCCACACCCAGCGGCGAAGGUAAGAAGGCAUCCAAGAAAGACUCCGUAGCUCCCGCCUCGAAUGUUACGACAAAAUCGUUAUCCAAGUCGCAGGCUGUGGAAGCGGAGGAAACCGAAAAUACUCGUCACCUCAGGAGCAGCAGGUUGGUGAAAUCGAGGCCGAGCACUUUUCAGCCGCCUCGGAUAGCGAGCGUGGCUGAUAAGACCACGGCACAUGCGUCAAGUUCCUUAAAGGUGCAGCACGCCAGCGCCUCUUGCCGCGCAGCGGAUAAAAGCAACCCGAAGAGCACGAACAAGAGGCAAGCAGACUUGGAGGACGAUGAAAAGCCCGAAGAGGAGGAGUUACAGGAAGAGGAGCAAGAGAACGACAGUGCCUCGGAAUCGUCACCGUCCGAGGUAAAGGGCGGUCGCCCAGUCCAAGCCAGCCGACGUUUUGCGGAACAAAAUAAAUACACGGAUUCUCAGGACGAAGAUGACCGCGGUGGCAACAUCACCGGCAAGGCAUUGCCUUCAAAGAAGAAAAUUUCCCAGAAGGAAGCGAUGGGACCGACAAAUGCUGUAUCAAAACCAAAGCAGAAACCGAAUGCGCUGCGCGAAGAAGUGGAGGUGAAUCACUCCAAGAUGACACUCGGCCGUCGCGUAUCCAAGCCACCAGGCAAUUGGUGGAUUGUGACGGAUAUCGACCCCUCCACUGUUCCCAAUUAUGAUCACAGUGGCAGGCAGGCGGCGGUCGCCACCCCCCGGAAGCCGCUGUCCCACUCGCAAAAGAAAUCUACGUCGUCCUGCCCAUCGAAUUCACCCCCAUCGCCAUUGCUCUCUCCAGCAUCACGGUCUCCAUCACCGUCCCCUCCGGAGAAAGAUGCCAAGUCGGCGAAACCGAAUCGCCCUACCAAGAAGCAGAAGAGGGAAAGCCACGGCCGAGAGGAGGCCCCGAUCCCGGUUUACACGCCAAAGUCUAUUCUCAAGCAGGGCAGCCAUCACGUGCGAAAGAGCCAGCGGGAAACGGUGAACUUUGUCUCGAGCCACAAGCAGUGGGACGUGCACAUGCAAGGAAACCAGGAGAUGGGUGGCAAUGAGGGGGGCAGCACGUCCUCGCAGUCGCCGACGCCACCCCCUCGCAAGUCCACCUUUGGCACAAGCCUGCCCAUGCUCGCCCAGAAAGGCCAUCGCUCGGUCUUCUCCACCUUCAGUGAAGUCUACAUGGAUACCCCAAACUCGGCAUCAAAGAAGGACCGCUCACAGCAGAAGCAAAGCCGGGUCCUAACGCCACGCUCCGAGCUCAAGCGUCCCUCCGCCGUGAACCAUGCCGCGAGCGUGCCGGACUCGGCACGCCAAAAGACCCCUCUACAGCUGCAGCAUCCGCCAGGCUUGUCGGGGCACAUGCCCGCAAGCCACAGCAAGUGGCGCCAACAGCCUGAGCCGAUGGUGACGGACACGGAUUCGUCCCUGCAGCAAAGCGGCAAUGAUUCUGCUGAAGUGCACCUCUCCCAAAACAAGCUACCCCAGAGUUCCAUCCAUGAAUCUGUGAAAAAGGCACUGCAUCAGCAACGGAGAAGCGGAGUUUUGUUUAAGGACAGGCCUGAGGCCACACAGGGCAGCAGGGGAAGGAAAACUCAAAAGCCAUCUCCUUUCCCUGAGGUCUACCGUGAAUCCUACGACAAUGGCACUGAUUACGAUGAUGAUUCUGAUUAUCAAGAGCCUAGCACCGCCACGACCAACAGCACAGUGGGGACCACGCAGUCUGAGAACGCAUCACAAGAGGAGCCGUCGGAAGUGGAUGCCACACCGUUGGAGAAUCACAAUAUCUAUGACAACAAGCCAUCGUCUAAGCAUCACGGCACCCAUUACUCUGAGGAGAGCAUGCAGGAUGACUCGAUGGAGGGAGUCCAGUGCCCGAAAAAGCAGCACCUCCACAAGAAGAUCAGACUGCCGACGAACACUCCGGGCAUGCGCCGCUCGGAGCGCACACGUGUACCCACACUGAAAUUCUGGGCUGGAGAGCGCAUCAAGUACAGGCUCCGGCGAUCAGGUGGGUUUCUAGUAUCAGGAAUCAUCUCUCCAGAGCAGGUGAACCCCCAUCGGGCCCACAGGAAGAGUAUGAAAACCAACAUUCGUAGACCGAAGAACCCACGGAUCACGCCAUUCUCUGUUUCCAGCGACCACAACGCCAACCUACCAGUGAAUCUGUCGAUCCAAACGGAAGACAUACCGGAGGAGAUGGAGCUCGCGGACGUUAAUGAAGGCACACCUGUGCAGGGUCUCAACGAGAAUGAAGAGUUCGUCAUGGACUGCGUGCGUACGCAGGACAUGUGCGCGUACCUGGGACCCCACCGGCAGGCCCUGCAGCCCACGGACGCGUUGGGUGUGUGGAAGGCCCUGAGCCAACCCUCGUACGCAUGCGGUUACUUCAUCCUGCGACCACAGCAAGAGAAGGGGCUGCAGUACGUCAACAUGGACACCAUGCUGUUCAACAUCAUACAGGGAAAAGUUGCCAUUACCAUCCACAACUCCAACUACAUCCUGCAGACUGGAGACAUGUUCGUUGUACCCCCCGGUAACGUCUACAACGUUCGCAAUCUACGUUACGACCAAGCCUCGUUGUUUUUCACACAAAUCAAGGGAAACCCGCAGAAGAGCGUGGCUGUGUCAUCACAACCUCCCGGCAAGGAGCAACAGCACCAUUACUGCGCGUCUCCCCACAAAUAGACUGACUAAUCAAACUAAUUUUUCAUUAAUUACGAUCAGAAUCGAUUUCAUAAGUCAAAAGCAUAAACGAUGAAACUGUUUGAAACAUGCCAACUUUCACAACGCCGUGCCAUGUUCUGUUUAUUGUUAGGUGUUUUGCUUUUUAAAGGAUGUUUAUUUGUGCUUAUCAAUAAAGAUUCAUUUUAAUAAACCUA